CCCCAGCCCACCCUCCCCGCCCGGAGGCCAAUCCGAGUGGCUGGCACAUCCCUCAGCCACUAGAGCUCCUCUGUGAGCCGGAGGCUGCGGUCUCAGAGAUUCGGAGAGAGGGCUCUGCGCCUCCGGUGAACAGACGGCCCAAGCCUCCGCCCAGAGCGGAUGGUGGAGAUGAACCACAGGGAGCCUCGCAGGGACAGAAGGUGCUUUUGAAAUUCCCAGCAGGUGGCGGACCACCCUCCCCACCCUGUCCCACCCUCCUCUCCCACCCGCACCGGCUGGCCUCCGCUGCCCUCGGGCCUGGGUGCGCCCAGCUACAUGGCUGACAAGCAGAUCAGUCUGCCAGCCAAGCUCAUCAAUGGCGGCAUCGCGGGGCUGAUCGGGGUCACCUGCGUGUUUCCCAUCGACCUGGCCAAGACGAGGCUGCAGAACCAGCAGAAUGGCCAGCGCAUGUACAGCAGCAUGUCCGACUGCCUCGUCAAGACCAUCCGCUCAGAGGGUUACUUCGGCAUGUACCGAGGAGCUGCCGUGAACCUGACCCUCGUCACGCCGGAGAAGGCCAUCAAGCUGGCAGCCAAUGACUUCUUCCGCUAUCAGCUCUCCAAGGACGGGCAGAAGCUGACCCUGUUUAAGGAGAUGCUGGCGGGCUGUGGGGCCGGCACCUGCCAGGUGAUCGUGACCACGCCCAUGGAGAUGCUGAAGAUCCAGCUUCAGGACGCAGGCCGCAUCGCUGCCCAGAAAAAGCUCCUGGCUGCCCAGGCUCAGUUCUCAACACAGGGCGGCGCCCAGCCCUCGGUGGAAGCCCCCGCCUCCCCCCGGCCCACGGCCACCCAGCUUACUCGUGACCUGCUCCGGACCCAUGGUGUUGCUGGCCUCUACAAGGGCCUGGGGGCCACCCUGCUCAGGGACGUCCCCUUCUCCAUCGUCUACUUCCCCCUCUUCGCCAACCUGAACCAGCUGGGCCAGCCGGCCUCUGGGGAGAAGUCCCCCUUCUACGUGUCCUUCCUGGCAGGCUGUGUGGCUGGCAGUGCGGCCGCCGUGGCUGUCAACCCCUGCGACGUUGUGAAGACGCGGCUCCAGUCCCUGCAGCGCGGGGUCCACGAAGACACCUACUCAGGGUUCCUGGACUGCGCCAGGAAGAUUCUGCGGAAUGAGGGCCCCUCGGCCUUCCUGAAGGGUGCCUACUGCCGGGCCCUGGUCAUCGCCCCGCUGUUUGGCAUCGCGCAGGUGGUCUACUUCCUGGGCAUCGCUGAGACCCUGCUGGAGCUGCUGCAGCGCCCCCAGCCCUGAGCCCACACCGAGCAGGACCAGAGCGGGGCUGAGGCUGGGGCGGCUGCUCAGGGCCCAGCGAGGGGGGAGUCUCCCCUGCGCCUCCCACACGGAUGGGGGAGGUGGAGGAGGGGGCAGGGCCCACCCACUCAGACCGGGGGGCCCUGCCUGCACAACUGCUGGGAUCAAUGUAUCAUUUACCUGGAAAACACAGAAAUCUCUACAUUCCUGGAGCCAGCCCUGCCCCAGCUCCAGCCUGGCCUGCACGCCCCAGGGGGAGCUGGUCUCUGAGCCGGGGGCUCCCAGGUGCGGGCUGGGCAGGAUGGGCCCUCCCCUCCAGGCUGCCGGCCUGUCCCCAGGCACGGCCCCUCGCCCACAAGGGGGACCCUGCACAAACCUAUUUAUUAACUUGCUGAGCACAAGUGGCUCUCCAGCCUCCGUCCAGCCUCCCCGCUGCUGCUCCUCUUGCCUUGGCCCACCCUGCAGGAGAGUCGGGGUCUCCUGCCCCCCAUCUUGAGCCAGUUAUCCCAGGCUGACUCCCAGGGAACCCCCACCCCAGGCUGGGGGCCCAGAGUGUCGGCAUGUGCAAGUGCUGUGUGGAGGUUGUGGCCUUCAGCUGGCCUGACUCCGAUAGGGGGCUGCUGCCCUUCCUGCCCACGUGGUCAGGCAGCCUGUGUGUGUGUGUGUGUGUGUGUGUGUGUGUGUGUGUGUGUGUGUGUGUGUGUGUGUGUG